AUGGCUUCCCGGUCCCAAUCCAAGCCAUCAUCAGCAUCAGCACCACCACCACCAUCACCGCGGUCAAAGACGGAGGCUUUGGAUGUUUCCCUUCAUGAAAUUGGGUUCGAGAUUGAAGAGGUAACCCCAAAAAAGGUCUCCGGUCACCUCCAUGUCACCCAAAGGUGCUGUCAGCCUUUCAAGGUGUUGCAUGGAGGGGUAUCAGCUCUCAUAGCUGAGUCUCUGGCUAGCAUAGGAGCCCACCUGGCCUCUGGUUUUCAAAGGGUGGCUGGGAUUCACCUCAGCAUCAACCAUUUGAAGCGUGCUGAGCUUGGUGACCAUAUCUUUGCUGAAGCCACGCCUGUCAAUCUUGGCAAAACCAUUCAGGUUUGGGAGGUGAGACUGUGGAAGAUUAAUCCUUCAAACUCAGACAUCAAAUCCUUAGUAUCAUCAUCAAGAGUUACUCUUUUAUGCAACAUGCCUGUGCCAGAGCAUGCAAAAGAUGCCGGUGAUGCUAUAAAGAAGUAUGCCAAAUUAUAA